UCAUUUUCUCAGGGUGAACAGUUAGCCUAUUUUUGGCACACCAUUGGUGUAUGUCCCUCAGUAUUGUCUGCAAAUCUUUACAUACUUCGUUCAUCUCAUCAUACGUAUCGUCAGCAUACAUAUCAGCCUUCGAAAGCGGUCCAAUAAGCGGUCCUUCUGGUCUGUGGCCGAGGCUUAGGAGAAAUUUACGUCACUGCUUGGUUGUCAGAGUAGUUCCGCUUUCCAAUCCCAAGAAACAAAAGAACUGCUCUGCAGUUAGGCUAUACUCAUACUCCACUGAGUGAACUCGCUAUGGUUGAGUCAGACGAAAUAAUUGUUUUAGAAUCUCUAUUGGCCCAUAAAGCAGGAGGGGACGGAGCAGCAUGCAGACAGAAGAAACGCUGGUGGCAGCUAAGUGAUAGUGUUGAUGAAGCCCGAGGUUAUCUAGUUUGCAAGAACAGAAGUAAAUAUAUCAUGAAGGUAUGGCUCAAAGAUAACAGCUUUUGCCUUCAUGAGUUCCCAGUCCCUGGUAAAGCAAUUAUUUUGCGGCAUAACAUGAAGUCUGAAUGGAAAUCACUUUUCAUUGCCAGCAUUGUUGAGUCUUCAGAAUAUACAAAGGAAAAUCAAAAGUCACUCACACUUUCUUUUUCAAGUGUAAAUGAUUUUAGCAAGUGGGAAAAAGAGCUUAGGGGAAAUUUAAAAGUUUAUUCUUGCAACGUGGAAAUUGAAAAAAAUCAAACAUUGCCAGAAGGGCCUGCAGUGGUACAUGUGACGUCAGACUACAUAUAUAUAACAGCAGACAAUGACGGUCGGAGAUACAAGUCACUUUAUUGUGAAAGUGUGAGAAAAAACAGUGUUGUGUGUUAUUCAGAUGGUUCUGAAAUGUUUCAUUUUUUAGAAAUUAAAAACAGAAAUGGGUGCUGCGAAACGAUCAAAUUCAAGUCAAAAAACGUUUCUGUUAUCAAAAGAAGUUUAAAUUUUUUUGCGAAUCUUCCUGUUGGGAAAAAUAUGUCAUCUGGGCGCUGCUCUAAUAUCGAGACUGUGAAAAUGAAUAAUAAUAUUGAUCAGGUGAUUCCAGUUGUGAAAAGCGAAAACAGAGCCGUCGUACACAAGUGGUACUCGCGCAAUGAAAUACGCUGUUAUGAAACCGCUACUGUUAAAAGUGAUGAAUGUAGGACAUACCAAAGUCUAGUUAGAUCCGGAAGCCCGUGCCUCUACAGCUAUGUUUCUUUAGAUUGCAAUUUGAGCUCAGAAGAUGCCCAGGAAACAAAUCAACCAACAAUUAAGGUGGCAGAUUUUCAGCCUCUGUCUAAAACUAAAGAAGAAGUAAAAUGCAAACGAUCCUGUGAUGAUAGAGCUGGCGAGAAUACAGAUGUAUUUUCAGUACAGGAAGAAGAAAAUCGCAUCCUGCAUUCAUCUAAGAAGAGGGAAACAAGGGAAAAGGUCGCUGAAGAAAGCUGUUCAGUUGACUAUGAUAGACUAAAUAUGCAAAACGAUAAAUCAACGAAAUCAGUCGUUGACUUUAAAACUACGGCAAUGAAAUGUGGAUCAGAGUGCACCAAAACUGGCGGGUGUUUAUCUUCAGAUUAUGAAUACAAUGACAAUGAAUGCGAAAAGAUAGGUAAAGCUCAAGGCACGAAGCCCUGUAAGCCAAUGCGUCAAAUCGAAAUAUACAAAUACAGUGAUGAGCCAUUGGUGUUGUGUCGUUCUUCUCGAGCUGAAAAAAGUGGAUCGCUUUCACCUUCUGCAUCUGAUCCAUUGAUCGAUAAUUUGGACAGCCCAACAAAAACUGAUGUUUAUGAUCAUUUAAGUCGAUCAUGUUCUGACAGAAGGACUUCACGGUUAGAAGAUUGGACCCCAAAAGGUCUUCCUCCAAUAUUCAAGCGAGAGCAUCCUGGUUCACCGAAGCCAGAAAACCAUUGGUAUCAAAACGGGGGUUGUGGUUCACAUAACUCUUUUAACGAAGUUUUUCGAAAAGAUCCAAUAGAAAUCUUCGUGCUUUUGUAUGCAAAUGGAAUGACUAGUGGCGGAGUAUGGACCAUAGGGGUGUUGAUUGUUAAGAGCCAAGACAACGAAACAUUCAAGCUUAUCCAAGAUCUAGAAAAUGACUUUGGAAGAAAACAAUUGUGUACACCCCGGCUAUUAGAUGCUGAGUCAGACAUUGCAGUGGGUAUCAAGGAAUGCAGCGAUGGGUUUGACGUCAUAAACAACAAAUCGCAAGUAUUGAGGUAUGACGAUUUGGAAAAACUGGGGCAGAGGAGGUGGAUUGUUGUCGAGUUUUUGUUUGAGCACCGUGACGAGGAAUCUUGUAUAUUUAAAUGUGAUUUUAGCAUCGAGCCAGCACAGGGGGAGAAUCGGGAAUCACAUUUCUCAUCACAGAAUAUAUCAAUCGUGAAAAAAUUCUCAACAUCAGGAUCCGUUGAAAACAUACAAAGACAAUUUACACCCCCUCGUUCGCGUCUCAGAAUAAGCACGAUAAAUCGACAAGAACUUUGUCGCGAUCUGGACAUCACAGCCGCGCUUGGAAAUGACUGGAAAGAAUUUGCUGCGAGAAUCGGCCUUGAAACGCGGGAAAUUUGCAUCAUUGAGCAUGCAAAAUGUUCAUCUUGCACAGAGGAGGUUCUACAGAUCUUAGAGAGAAGAUAUCCAGAAAAAUGUAACUUAGAAUAUCUGAAAACAGUGUUGCUGGAAAUGCGAAGGCGUGACUUGAUUGAAUAUUUGGAAUGAAGACAAGAAGUCAAUGCCACAGUUUUCAUCGCUCUGUAAGAUGUUGAAAGUUACAAGCUUAAAUGUGCGGAGGGGUAAAGACCCAUAAAUUCAGUUUUUUUCUCAAAGGGAAAGUAUUCUUCAAUUUUGGGUGCAUUAGUGUAGCUCCCAGGCUGAAAAAGACUGAAGAUACCGUUCUGUUUGCGACGCAAUAGGAAUGGAAUUGCCCUUACAUCUUUGUUUUAUAAUUGUAACUGCAGGCAGCUGUGAUAUUUGUAAAUAAUGUGAAUCAAGAUUUUGAUUUUUAGAAUCGCUAUGUGUUUUAGAAACAGUAACUGUAUGAACAUCUGUUUUAAUUUGAAACUGGUGUUAUGAAGAAUUGGCUUUUGAAAGCAAAGUUCAUAUCUGAAUUCAGGGGAACAAAGGAGAGUCGAAAUAGAUUGUACUUCUUUAUUCUGCUUUCUAGCAAAUCUGAAUUCUGUAAUAUUUUAUAUAGGCAGUAAAGAUACCAUGUAUUCGUAAAUAUUUUCAGUUUACAAACUGUUUUUUAGCUGAAAAGAUCAAAUAUGUACUUACGUUAUAUUGACUUUUGUGAAAACAUGCACAUCUAUAUUUUUUAUAGUGAAAAGGUUGAUGCAUAGCUUUUUUGAACUUCGGGCUUCGUAGGUUGAAAAUGUCUUCAAAUCUUCUGAUAUUUCAACACCUCAUCAAUAUCAUAAAACAGUGAUGACUUUUAAUGUAAUCGUGAUAAUUGUGACAACAUUAUUUUAUCAUGAAAAUAUUUUUUCAUUU